GGAACCCGGCCGCCGCCGGCAUGUCGCUACAGCAGGCCCCUCAGUCCCGGGUGUUCGUGGAACUGGUUCCCUGGGCCGACCGGGGCCGGGAGAACCACCCGGUCUCGGCCUCAGAGACGCUGCCCGGCCUCCACCGCCCGCCGUCCUCGGCGGCGGCCCCCACUGCGCCCCGCGAGGUUCACGUCAGCGGCAGCGCGGAGGUGUCUGCGGGCCCCGACCGGGCGCGGGUGGCAGUGCGGCUGAGCAGCACCAAGGCGGCGGCAGCCGAGGCCCGGCGGAGCGUGGGCCGCCGCCUGGACUACGUCACGCAGAGCCUGCGGCGGCAGGGCGUGCAGGCAGAAAAUGUAACUGUGAUGAAAGAUUUUAGAAGAGUGGAAAAUGCUUAUCACAUGGAAGCAGAGGUCUGCAUUACAUUUACUGAAUUUGGGAAAAUGCAAAAUAUCUGUAACUUCCUUGUUGAAAAGCUAGACAGCUCUGUUGUCAUCAGCCAGCCCCAGUUCUAUCAUACUCCAGGUUCUGUUGAGAACCUUCGACGGCAGGCCUGUCUUGUUGCUGUCGAGAAUGCACAGCGCAAAGCUCAAGAAGUCUGUAACCUCGUUGGCCAAACGCUAGGAAUGCCUUUAUUAAUCAAGGAGGAAGAGACCAGAGAAUGGGAAGGCCAAACAGAUGAUCAUCAGCCAUCUGGACUCUCACAUUCACUGACUGUACACCAGAAAGUCCAAGCUCACCAGUCAGCAUUAAGUACAUAUGCGUGCCCUGAUUUCCUGUCACACGCGUGUCACCAUGCCACCACACUCCUCGCAGAAGCUGUGACGCCCACUCAGGGAGAGCUGCUCUUGGAACUCUGACCACAACCGCUGUGAAACUCCAUCUAACACCUUCAGUUAACUUACAACUUUCAAUAAACAGAUGCUCAAAUUGAAUUUUUCCACUAGCAUUAAUUUUACUUGUAAAGCCUAUUUUAGAAAAUCAUGAUUGUACUUGAUAACAAUAGUGAAUUUGUACCUCAUAUAAAAAGUUUUUAUGCUUUUUCCUUUUACUGAGUCAUAUUUCCUUAAUUCCAUUUAAGAAGAACUAGUAUAAUCAAUAGGUCAAUGCAAACCCAAGUAAGUAAAUAGCAUCAAAAGAUUUUUUCUUGGUUUAUGCUAAAUUAACGAUGAAAAGUCUAAGGUGGUAUAUUCUAUAUUGAGUUGGGGGUAAAGUGUAAUUAACUCAAAGUUGACUGUCAAGCAAAUAAGAGACAAAAUGAUUUUUAAUAUACAAAUGUUUCAGUAGCUCAGUGCCUACAAAGCAAGCAUAACUUCCUUCAUGUUCACUGUACCUAAAAAAUGAUAAAGAUGCAGCAAUACAGACUGAUAAUGUGCCACCAAGAAACCAAUAUGAAUGUGCAGCUGUGGAACCUUCAAAAAACUGAUUUUCUAUUUGAAGAAUGAUUAUAUUGGUUUCAUUCUGUAGGAAAUGUUGAGAUUUCAUAGUAUCCCAAAAUGUUAUUACUACUGAGCAUUACAUUCAUUUAAAAUGCUGAGAAUUAUGAAUGCCCUCUCCUCUUCCUGCCCUUGUCCACAUUACAGAUCACACCAUGAAUGCACCCUCUCUGGCCACAGUCAAGUAGCCCAGAAGCCUGCACGUAAGUGCCCUGUUUGGAGUCUGCAGUAUCCCAGGGCAGACAGCUUCUAGGUCUUGCCACAAAGAGGUGAAUUACCCUGGAGAGGUUUUCAUGACUAAUUUGGAAAAAAGUGGAUUACAUGUUUAAAAACUAUUAUCAAAUCUUAGUAACAGUGAUAGAAACUCAGGUUUGUUACCUACAUCGUUAUUCUUUUAUCAUACUCUGUCCAAAAUGUAUCCCCCUUUCUGGCCAACCCUAAAAUAAUCUGGGACAAAUAUUGGAAUAAAUUUUGUUACCUAAUUAUUUCUUA